AUGUCCUAGGCUUCACAGGGCAAGAGUCAUGAAGGUCCUGGAACAGAUCCAGCAAAGGGCCGCAACGGUGAUUGAGGGACUAGAUCAUCCUUAUGGCGAAAGGCUGAGGGAGCUGGGGCUGCUCAGCCUCGAAAAAAGACAACUGAGAUGGGACUUCAUCAAAGUUUAUCAGGGAGGUUAUCAAGAGGAUGGAUCCAGGCUCUGCUCAGUGGUGCUGAGCAACAGGACAAGGAGCAAUGAGUACACACAGAAACACAGGAAGGUCCACUCGAGUAUCAGGAAACAUUUCAUUACUGUGAAGGUGACUGAGCACUGGAAGAGGCUGCCCAGAGAGGCUGUGGAGUCUGCCUCACUGGAGAUACCCAAAAGCCACCUGGACAGAAUCCUAAUGUGCUCUGUGGGGUCCUGCUUGAGCUGGGGUGUUGGACAAGAUGAACCUAUCAGUGGUCCUUCCCAGACUUAUCCACCAAGUAAUUCAGUGAUUUAAAAGUACGACUGGAUCAACGCUUUAAGAAAUACUAAAAUGGAGUUAGCCACAGCAUGGCUGAUUCCUUAAUUAAAUUUUAAAGGCAGACCUUUAUCGCCAAAGGGUCAUACAGAAUUCAAUGGCCAUCAAUACACACUUUAACACGCACUGAAGAAAUCGUUGCUUCUAUUAAAUUUGCUUGUGUUGCUGAGGCUGCAGACAGUGAAUACCGUGCUAGGAACCGCCGGAAGAGAAUCGCCCGACCAGACUGAAAAGCCUGAAACAAAGAAGGUUCGGGAGAAGAUCAGGGAACUUCAUCACAAGGAGCGACUGCGGGGCAAGAGAGCGGGGACAUGACACGGGUGCGCCGGGUUCGCAGCGCAGGGGAGGGGAUGGAGGAGGCGCUCCGGCCGUCCCGCACGGCCGCGCCCGGGCCCGCACGCCGCCUCCGAGGGCGGGCCGGGGCGGCGGCGCAGAGGGCGAAGAGCAGCGGCCGAGCGCGGCGGGCCGCCAUGGUGCUGCUGGUGGUGAUGGGCGUCAGCGGCUCGGGCAAGACCACGGUCGGGUCGCGGCUGGCGGAGAAGUUGGGAUGGAAAUUCUACGAUGCAGAUGAUUAUCAUUCUAUAGAGAAUAAGAAGAAAAUGGAAAAAGGGAUACCACUAAAUGAUGAGGACAGGAUUCCUUGGCUUUGCACAUUGCAUGAUAUAUUAAGGAGAGAAGAUGCAUCUAGACAAAAUACAAUUCUGGCCUGUUCUGCACUGAAAAAGAUGUACAGGCGUGUGUUAAUUAGUGGAGCAUCUGCAAUUGAAAGCAACCAGCCAGAGCAACCAGGAGAAAACCCAGCACUGAAGAUCCUCUUUGUUCAUUUGGAUGGACCUAUGGACAUCAUUGCUAGCCGGCUGGAGAAGCGGAGAGGUCAUUUUAUGCCACUUGAACUUCUCAGGUCUCAGUUUGAUACUCUGGAGCCACCUAGUGCACCAGAAAACUUCAUUACUGUCAGUCUAGAAAAAUCUCUCCCGGAAAUAGUGCUAGAGAUUGAGCGUGCCAUUCUUCAGGGUGAGACUUUGCUGGAGUAAUUUUCUGAAUGACACAUAUAGAAAUUUCCUGGAGGAUAGCAAGGCUAUGAGACAGGAUUUUAAUUAUUAAAUUUAUUAUUAAAUCAAACCAACUUAUAUUUAAGAGCUGGUUUCCUACUCAGUUUUAUCAUGGCUCUGUAAAAAACACACAAGAUGUAAUUUGCAAGAGCUGUUACCUUUUUAAGCCGUUCACUCUAUGAAGUUAAAAUUCUCAUUUUAGUAAGAGCCUGCUUUUGAAAAUCCUGGCAAGGGUCACAGGGAAUAAUUUAUUUUCUUAAUAUUUAUUCUGUCAGACACUGAGAUGAGCACAUCUGCUGUUACAAGAUUCAAUAAUUUACAGCUUUGUUAAAAAUAAUGUCAUUUUCCUAGAAGAGGCAGGACAUGCAAGAUGAAGUUCCAUACAUGACACUACCCUGUCUCACUGCUGGAUUUUCAUCAAGUUAUAGGUUCUGUAUUUGUAUCCUUGUUGGCCUCAUGAGAGCACUAAUGACUUCAUGAGAACUUUUCUGAUCUCUUAUUGUAUGUAUUGACCACCAAACUGGAAAAUGUGAGAAAAAAAGGUAGUGGUGAUGGUGAUGCAAUAUACAAAACUUAAUUGAAUAGAAAGCUUUAGAAAUAAAGUAUAAGUGGCAUCAUAUUGGCUCUGAACUUACAGCUUUCACGUACAAAGUGUACACAUCACAGUUGAGUGUGAGUCAACUGGUGAUUUAAGGUACUGAACGCAAAGUUGAUAGACAUUUCAUUUUUGAAAACUUAACCCUUUCGCAGCUGGACCUUCUCCUUCACUUCCCAAUGCUGUUGGACACCUCAGUGCAUGUCAAUGUAAUUGCUUGAAAGCUUUUGAUCAAGCUUUUCCUAAUACAUAUUUUUCUCAUCUUUUUUCAUGAAGACGAGAAGAAAAUUCCACAUACAAAUCAGUCACCUAGCUCACAGAAUUUAAGGUUAAAGAUCUUUCUUUCCACCAAGGUGUUUUUCAAAAAGUACUUCGUGUCAUUUUAUACAAGACAUGCCUUUUCAGCUUAAUGUUAUGAAAAUAUCAGAUAGUUGCUGUAAGAAAGAUUUGAGUCUUGUCUGAAUGGAGACAUCUCCAUGUGCUGUCACAUAUGAAUUAUUUUUACUGUGUCAUGCAUUUUUUUUUAAUUCCUGGGAUGAUGGAUGAACUCCUGUAGAAAAACACCUCGUGUUUGAAAGCAUCUUUAGUGUAAUUUUUACCUGAGUAAGUAGCUGAAAAACUUUAGUCAUAGUUCUCCCUAUGAAAAUGGUAAGGGCUUUGUGAUUUACUGGACAAACUACUGUGCUUAAAUUAGUGCAGUAAAUGGGCAUUAUCUUACUGAAAGCAGAAAUUUUUAGAGACGGAGUUGGGAUUUUAGGCAUUAACCUACCCAGAAAUGGCAUUUUCCUAUUUAGUUGUGACCUGAAGGGAGACUACCAGGCAGCUACCAGUGUUAGUUUGUUGCUGUAUACUACAGGGUGCUCUCACUUCAGAGCCUGUUCGUUCCAAGAGCCAGGGUGCAAGUUUAAGACACAGAGGCAAAGUUAAGUGCAAAGGAUAGGGAUGUCUGUAUGCUUAAUAACCUCAAAUUUCAGAGACCUAUUUCAGAACAAGUGACAGACCACUACAAAUUUUGUAGCUAUGAACAUCACAGACACAGCACCCUCUUGUGGAAUGUCUGCUGUUAAAGAGAUCUUCAUCUUUUCCAAUGCACCAUUUUCCAAACAGUUGACUAAUGAAACCCAUUAUUAAAUACAGAUUUAUGCUUACUUCUUUCACACAGAAUAAAGCCAGAACAGGACACUCUACAGCAGCUGCAUCCUGUCACACACAGAUAUGAUCAGACCUUCAAUAAUUUAUUUUUAAAAAGAGACAUUUUUAAGUGUGAGUUCUGAGGCAGCCAGACUGAUUUUCAGAUCUACUUGUCCACAUUUGUAGAAUACUCACAAAGUGACUUCAAAAGAAAACUCUACUCAACAGUUAAAAGAAGUUCUCUUUCUGGGAGUUUUAUGUAAGCAGCUUGGAUUUUGGAAGGCUUCUAAACAAAGUAGUAUGUUUGCACUUACAGGCAGUUCAUGCUUCUUCAAAUUAGAUCAGGGUAUUUCUCAGUCUUUGGUUCUAUGUUGGGAAUAUUUCCUUCCCUUACCCUUGUAAUAUAUUUGCAUUUUGCUUUUACUUAAAAUAUAUUGCAAAGAAGGUUGUUGUCAACCUAAUCAGCUGUUAUCUGCUGUUCUGAAAGACAACAAAGCAUUACUUCUGUUCACUGACAUUCUGUGCAUUACAAAUUAAUAGAUUAAGAUGUGAAUUAUCCCAAUACUAACCAGAUAAAUCUACUCUCAGAUUUUAAUCAAGUUGUGCAUGUGUGCAGUGGAAGAAAAAGGUAGCAGAACAAUCCCUGCCCAAACACAAUCCUACACUUCAUUUGCUUUAUUUUGGUUUCAUUUGUUUUUUUUUGUUGUGAGGGUUUAUUUUUUGGUUUUGUUGUUGUUUUUAAACUAACACCACUAUUCUACGGAUGUCAUAUUCAGGCAAGCUGUUAAUAUUUAGUACAGCUUAUCUGGAUGCAAGUGCUCUGUGUGUAUUUUCAAAUAUGUUUAGCAAAUGCAGAAAAAACUGAGGAGGGAACACCUGGAGUUAGAAAUUGCUUUCUCACGCUCUAAGCACAAAUUAUCUAUGCAAGGUACACGCACUAUACAUCCUCACAAAUUUGUGCUAAGCACAGUUAGUAACUGUGUAAAUACUAUACCUACUACAGCAUGAACUUUUUACAGUGCUAAAAUGAAAUGCUGUCUAUCCCAAACUGUACAAGUUAUCUAUAUAGGCAAAGGAACUGACUAGGCAAAGGAACAGACUAGCUGCCUGCCACCUCAACUAUAAAUUGAUAUGUGGUAUUUUUUUAGUAAUAAUAUUUAUUUUAUUAUGCCAGGUUGUGGUAUUGGUGGGGAGGGGAUGGGUACAGGGAUGGCUUCUGUGAGAAGCUGCUGGAAGCCUCCUGCCCCCCCUGUAGAACCAAUCCCAGCUGGCUCCCAGGUGGACAUGCCACUGGCCAAGGCUGGGCCAGUCAGAAAUGGUGGUAACGCUCUUGUGAUAACAGAUUUAAGAAGGGGGAAAAACCCGUGAUGGCAGAGCUGUAACUGCAUCUAGAAAAGGGUGAGAACAUGUGAGAGGAACAACUCUGAAGACACCCAGGUCAGUGCAGAAAGAGAGGGAGGAGGUGCUCCAAGAACCAGAAAUGAGAUUCCCCUGCAGCCCAUGGAGCAAACCAUGGUGAAGGCUCUGCAGCCCGUGGAGGUCUAUGGGGAUGCAGAGAUCCAUCUGCAUCUUGCCUUGGAGCCCCACACUGGAGCAGGUGAAGGCCUGAGAGGAGGCUGUCACCCCGUGGGAAACCUGUGCUAGAGCAGGGUCCUGGCAGGGUCCUGCACUCCUGUGGAGAGAGCCCAUGCUGGAGCAUGUUUCCUGUAGGAUGUGACACUGUGGGGGACCCACGCUGGAGCAGCCUGUCCUUGGAGGAAUGCACCUUCAGUGCAGUGACCCACAUUGCAGCAGUUUGUGGAGAACUGCUGCCCUUGAGAUGGACUGAGAUGUCAGAGAAGUUCGUGGAGAACUAUCUCCCAUGGAGCAGGGCAACAACUCCUCUCCCUAGGCAGCAGCAGAAAAAACCUGUGAUGAACUGACCAUAACCCCUAUUCCCUGUCUCCCUGCACUGACAGGUGUAGAAGGUAGAACUAGGAAGGAGGGAGGAGUUAGGGGGGAGGUGCUUCUAAGGUCUGUUUUUACUCAUUAUCCUGGUCCGAUUUUGUUACUAAUAAAUUCAACUAAUAUCUUUAAUUCCAGCCUGUUUUUCCCAUGACAGUAUUUGGUCAGUCUCUACCAGUCCUUAUCUCAACCCACAAACUGUUUUUUAUAUUUCCUUUCCCCAGUCGAGCUUCAGAGGGGAGGGAUACAGUGGCUCUGGUGGGUGCCUGGCAUCCAGCCAGAGUCAACCCAGUACAUGCAGUGACUGAACCAAGAAGAGAAUUAGGCAGACCACAUCCUUUACAAAGCUAGCCAUCUUGCAGUCAUAUCCCCAAUAGUGAAUGUACACAUUUUAAUUUUUUUAAAUUAUAUUUGUCAGUUCUGAUUAUCAUAACUUUUAGAUUUUUUUUGUUUUGGCAUCACUUUUUCUAGCAGGAGUUUGAUGAUCAAGGAAAGGCAGUGUUGCAGACAAUCCUGUCAAGUCACUUGGUCCACAGCAGAGGAAAAGAAGGAAAUAGGAAAAUGAAGAGAUGACCUUCAGGCACACAUGCCCUUCUGGUCCAAAAUGCAAGCUGCAGUUUGCAAAUACAAGUUAUCUAAGUGCUCAUCUCAACAAAGAGGUAGAUGGUAACUCUGAAGAAAGAAUUUUAAAGAGAGAUAGAUAAAUGGGCAAGGAGGAGAAAUGGGGAGGGGUAAAUGAAUAAGAACAUAGUAACAUAAUCCUAAACCAGGAAGUGUGGGUUUUCUUUCAUCAUUAAAGAUGAAAUAUCCUAUCUAUAAAGCUUGUUCUGCUUGCUAUAUAUUCCAACAAAACUAAAACUUCUCCUAUUAAAAACAACUCAGUGUUUUUACCACUGCUUGUCAGAAAGCUAGUUUAGUUGACUAUAGUUACUGAUAAAUAUUGAUUCUACUUCAAAAAGUAAGCUUAGCUGAAGGCUCAGUAUAGAAUUGAGGUCAAGCUUUAUCUCUUGCUGAAUUGCAGUGAAAUUUUACUUCAAGUGUAUUGUCUCUUAGUUUGUAACAAGCAACUGAAAUGUUUAAAAAGGGUGAGCUAAAUGAUGUCUCAAGAAAGUAUUUGUGCUAGUUAGAUUCAUUGAUUUAGUGUCUUUGUAAAAACUGCCUUACCAUCUGACAGAAUUUUUGGAUGUCAUUGGGCUGUAUUCUCAAAAAGAUCUGCCUAUUGAAUCAUGAGAGAGUCUUAACUUUUUUAACUCAAGGUCCCACUAAGGCACACUUAGGUUGAAUUAGUUUCUGUGGAGAUCCUAAGAGUAACUAUGAAAAUAACUAUUAAAAAGAGAUUAUUCUACAGAAACUACUUUCUCUCUAUCCUUUCUUAUCAGAGGGUCCUGUAACCUCCCUCUGUCUGAAAGUGAGAAUGAAAUGAUGAACAGAGGCAAGUCCUUGCUUGGGACAACAGGCAAGACACCUCCUUGCCCAUCUCACCCUCCCUUUAGGUGCCUCUCUGAACAAUAGUUACAGAUAAGGAAGGUCAGGCAACAAAAGAUGCGGAUGAAGGUCCCUCUCCUCCAGAGGUGUUAUCAAGACCAGACAGGCCUACAGCUCAUAACAAGAUCAGUUCCAUGAGGAAGAAAAUAAUGGUUGUAGUGGUAGAUGGUUCCCUUCUAAGGGGAGUGGAAGGUCCAAUAUGCUGGAAGAAUAUUUCCUUCAAGGAAGUUUGCUGCACCCCUAGGGUCACGGUUAAGGACGUCACCAGGAAAUUUCCCAGCCUAGUACAGUGCUCAGACUACUACCUACUGCUUGUCCUCCAUGAGAGUGGUGAUGAAGUUACAGUAUGUAGUCAGUCCAAAGGCCAUCAAGAGACUUCAAGGCCUUGGGACAAUUGGUGAGGGAAACAGGGGCACAGGUUAUUUUUUCCUCCAUUCUUCCAUGGGAUUGAAAGAAACUGAUUUUGUCUAUUAACAUGUGGCUCGAGGCUCAUGUCAUUGCCAAGACUUUGGGCUGUUUGACAAUGGGAUAGUUAAGAUAGCACCAUUCCUGCUGGUAUCAGAUUGGAUCAGAGCAUCACCUCUCUCAAAACGUCUUUGGUAAAGGGUUAGCAGGAGUCAUUGAUACAGCUUUAAACAAUUUAUGAUUGGGAGAAGGGAAGUAUCAUCCUAUUUAAUAGUGAUAAGAUGUGGGAUGACUUUCAUUCCUAUUUAUAUCAAUUAGAUGCCAGAGCCAGUGAGACACCCAGAGUCUGGAGUAGGAUUGCAGGUCCGCAGGAGAUCACC